AUGGAUGACAAACCCCCACCUAAUCCUUCAUCGUCGAAAUCCCAAUAUAAUGCCGAUAAACAAACCGAAGCUGGUGCAGGUAUUACAAAUCAAGAUUUUCGACAAAAUCAUCCCCAACCUCAAGGCACACGGAUGCAACAACCACCACCUAUGCCCCACGAGUUGACUGCUGAAUGGACGGUAAGAGCUCAACUGCGUUUUGCACGAGCGGGUGAAACUGUGCGUAAAGAUUUCAGUACCAACGAUCCUAUUAAUCCCGUACGAGUUGUCUACAAAUGGACUACUUUGGAUGCUGACGGCUCGGAGAUACACCAUCAUAAUGAACCCGAAGAGGAUGACGUCAAGCAUACGAAUAUUUUUAAACGUAAUUCAUCACGUUCAUCGGGUUAUUCACAUCAGGAUCCGACAAAGCCAUCAACUAAACCUUCAAAAAUACCUCAAAAACAGGACAGUUUUCGUUCGACAACAUCAUCGACAACGGGAUUUGGUGGUGGAGAUUCGGCAUUCAGCGGUUCAAAUACCUCACAUCACAACAAAACGAAAAAAGAUGGAAAAUCGGCUGACUCUGGGAAACCCUACUAUGGUACUCGAUGUCGUAGUACCUGUAAUAUUAUUGUAUCGGCUGUGGCAGAUUUUUUACCACCACCGGGAAGUAAUGGUGAGGCGGGAGGAGUUGCAGCAGUAGAUGACGCCGGUAUGGAUGUGGGUGAUCAAUCACAUGUAAGAAGGCAAUUUGUACGAGAAGAAGAACCAGAUCCAUUUGUUUUCAACACAACGGCUUGUUAUACUGUUUUACCCGAAAAGGAACAUUGUCGUGUGCACAAAACACUCACUGCCAAUCGUCAUGAUGUAGUUGUUGUUGUUGCUUUUGUUGCUGCCGAUGAUGCCAUUUAUAGGUCAUUCACAUGGGACAGGCACAUUAGGCCAAGCAAAAAAAGUGUUUCCACCAUUUCCUCCUCCUCCACUUCGUUCACCUUUUUUGGGAAAAUUCUCAACCUCAAGGAUGCCGUAUGCCAGACAAGUGACACAGAAACCAAAUAUUUCGAGGAAUACGAACACAAACGUUUCAAGCAAUCACACAGUCCAUUGGAACGUCGGGACUCGAGAAGAUCCUAUGAUCAUCGCAGAGCCACCGCCGAGGCAUUAUUGCAAACACCCAGAUAUGCAAGUGGUGCAAACGAGGGAAACACAUUUAUGCCUUCGUAUUUAUCCUCGCCCAAAUCUCCACAGGCUUUUAAAUCGGCCUCCAUGCCACGAAUACCCUCUAUCGAAGGUGAAGAUGUGUCUAUGGGUGCUAACUUUGGACCCCUGGGAUCCCUGCCGGCCUUUAUGGCCUCCAACAAGACCGUACAAUCCGGUGCGGAUGUCCAGAAAAAACCUCGAACCGUACACAUUGAUGUCUACUGUACCGGUUCGGAAGAUGAAGAUCAUGCUGAUGCGGAAUCGAGCUCAGAAUUUGAAGAUAAUCGGAGACAUGAUCAGGAAUCAAAUUCCACAUUUCAGACGGUAUUGGAUAAUGAACAAAUGCGUUUGCGACAUCAGAGGAUGAGUGGUGCAGCACUACCCCGACGAUUGGGAGGAGCUAAUCAACAACAGCAGCAGCAAAAAUCUUCUUCUGAAUUGAACUCCUCCUCCUGCAAACCCAGUGAACCUCAAAGUCCCAUAAUCUCAGGAGAUUUACAAUUGGGCCAUGGUAUAACCAAGUCCAGCACCACAGACGAGGUCAACGAAUCGAAGCAUAUUCUCUUCCGCAAACAUAUUGGUGACCAGCGAGCCAUUAAAUUGGCCAAUUUAAGGCAAAAAUAUUUACGGCAGUCUUCCGAAGAUGUGGCCAGCUUGGGUUAUCCCAGUUCCACCAGAUCGACGGUACUCGACAAUACUUGCAGCAGCAUGUCCAGUGUUUUAGCGGGACAUGAUGUCACAGAUGCCCAUUGGAAAGAUGUGGCCGCUGGCGGGGAAGAUAAUGAAGAUUAUUCUCUUACGAAAUCGGAAAGUUUUGAAUAUGAAAAUGCCUUGGAUCGUUUGAGGAUAAGGCAAAUGGAACGCCUAUGGUCGAGAAGUCAUUCAAAGGAGGAUGAAUCGACGCAAAAUAAUCCAAUGGCUUUGCAUCAGCCCCAUCACCAGAUGCAUCCUCAUCAGCAGCAUCCACAUUUACAAACAAUUGCCGAAAAUAAUAAUAACAACAAUAACAGAAGGUUGCAACGUGAUGACACCUUACCCUCUGAAUCGGAUUUCACAUCGGAAACCGAUCAAUUCUAUAGUUAUCCUACAUCGAUGCAUCAACAGCAACGUACCACAUCGCCUGCAUUUCAACAAACUCAACAUUUUACCAAAAAUCGUCCCGGUUUCUUACAUUUCUUUGGGCCACAAAAUGAACUGCCCCUACCACCACCCGAACAACCAAUGUCCGCACCCAUCGAAGGAUCACUACUCUAUCCGAAUUAUCAACCUAGUUUGCAGCGAUGGAAAAGUGAGACACGUGAAAAUCUAAGUGCCACCGCAACACCAGCUCUAACACCCACCGAACUGAGUCGUCAUGCAUCACCACAACCCCAAGCCACAGGUCUCUCGUUUCAACGUAGCGGCAGUGAGGCUCCACCUACCACAACCAGUGCCUCUACUUUCCCCGUUGCCACUCCCACACCGGCAAGACGUUUAGAUCUAUUUCAAACCUAUCGUCAAAGUCCAGCCAUGAGUGAGGCCUCUACAGGUCUGCCUCCACCCGGGUAUUCUUCCGAAUAUUUGGACAAGGCCAGUAAAUUUGGUAAGGUGGUGGCCGCCCGUAAACCGGGUCAUCAUGUAGGACCAACAAAAAAUCCCAACUGUUCCUGUGAAAGUUGUCAGCGUUGGAUGGCUGAACGUUUUCAGGUGCGAGGUCGUGCAUUUUCUUUGGGAGAAUCACCGGUACUAAGGAGAACUAAAUGAGA